GUUUGUCGUUCGUACGACACUGUAUUUAUACACUCUCAUUCACCACGUCGUAUUUACUUGCGCACACGUUUCAUGUAUACGUACAGGCACACAGUUACACACAUACACACGCACAUGAAUGCGCGACCUUGUGUGCGCAACAGGCGUCAGGAACCGAGUAAAGUCUAUAAAGAUUGUACGAUGAAGUGUAAGAGUAGGGCCUCUACUUUAGUACGACUGGCCAGUUUUUUGCAACAGUAGCGUAAGCACAAUUCUACGUGCCUGGUCCUCUUGCAUCAAAAUUUUUCGGAGCAAUAAAUACAAUUGACUCGAAGAAUGAUGAGAUGUGACAUUUUGACAUAAAAUAUACUUAGAAGAAACAUUCAUAAUCGAUUAAAAAAAUCUGUUCCUUACAUUUGUAUUAUUUAUUAGUACUAUAUGAAUAUUUAUAAACGUCUGCAGAACUGUAAAUCAUGUAAAAUUGAAUAUUGAAGAUUAUAUCAUUCCUGUCAAUACAAUAAUAACACACAUUAUGAACGGAAUAAUACAAAUACACUAAUCAUUCACAUUAUCCUAUCAAUCUCAUCAACCAAUACACUCUUUCACAUUCACUCUUACCCUUAUAUCUAUAACAUAUAAUCUUCCUUAUUCGUUUAUUUCUCACGUUUGUACAAUUCCAUAUUCAUAUUCACAAUUUAAUGCCUUUUCGUAUUCACAAGCUGUUUACACGAUUCCAAGAACCUUCUCAACGAAAGCAAAAUUCUAUGUCGCAGCACGGGUGCCCGGAGAAUAGUGCCUUGAAAAUACUCCGUCCCUGGCCUGCAGUCUGCCGCCUUAUAAAGGGAACCCACGCGAAAGCGCAGGCUGCAUACCACGGGAGCGCGUCGUUCGAAGCUGGAGGUGCCGAUUCAACGGUGUGAUUGCUUUUAAUUCCCGAACACGCGCCACUUCUACGUACCCACGCAUCGGAAGAUUCGCAUCAGUGGUCCUCGGUGAGUUUGACGUGGUUUCGCCUCGAACGAGCUGCAUGAUGCGCAACAGGCCUGAAAGGAUCGCGACCGAACCGCGUGGCGACGCGGUACAUCGUCAGUGAAAGACACGCAACCUUUUAUCCAACUAUAACGUGUUUACGUUCGCCGUUGCGGUCAUGGAAACGGUGAUCUGACGCUUCGUCGUAAAUAUUCACUGCCAGACGCGCCCAGUGAACGUUCCUUGGCAACGUGCUUCGUCGAGAAACCGGCCAGUUCUUCGCGAGCCACGCUACACCACACACAGCCGGUCGUCAAUCAUCGUGAUUAUGGUAGUUGAGGAAAAUACUGUACCGUUGAUGAACUCAUGAGUUAUCAUUGCCCAAAUCAUGAGUUAUCACUGAUCCCUCGGAACCGAUAAGAACGCACAGAUUCACGACGAAAAUAUUCAGCAACACGCGUCGAGAAUGGCUUUAGCGAGGAUCAAAAGUUUUAUAGAUACAAGUCUGAAGACCGUGUCCACGCCGUUGGAUCGUACGGUGAAUCUGGAGCCGGAAGUGGGCAUUAGGAUCGUUCAUUCGAUCAACGAGAAGGCGUUGCACGUGACUGUGCUGGGCGCUCGUCAUUUGCCACAAAAUUUUGGUUUCACCCGAGUCAACAGCUACGUAGUCAAGGUGAAGCUGAUACCGGGAAAGGAGAAGUUCGAGACAACGUCGAAGAACGAGUCGUGGCCGCAGUGGAACGAGGAAUUUACGUUUCCUCUGCGCAAGGAGACGAAACAGAAGUUCGGUAAAACGAAGGUGGUCGAGGAGGAGAUCAAUGGAUCCAGGUUCAUCGUGGCCACGUUGUACGCGAUUCUCGAGGACAAACCGUUGAUAGCGACCGAGAAGAAGGAGGAGAAGGCCUCGUCCCCCAGCAAGGAAUCUCCGAAGAAAGGGAGCAAGAAGAAAGAUGGCCAGGGUGCCUCCUGCGAGAACCAGGAGCCAACGAAGAAUAAAUUGUUCAGUCAGUUCUUCAACAAAGGAACGGACAAAUCGGCGGAGACUACCACCACUGAGAGGAAAUUGUUCGAUAAGAGGCGAACUAUAGGUGCCACGACGAUCUCCUUGGACCCGAAGAACUUCAACGUGAAGCCGCCCAAAUCAAAGCAUCCGAGCGAUGUGUCGACUGGUGACAUGUGGAGACCGUUGCGACCGAUCGCCAGUGGCAUAUCUGGAGCCGAAGAAAGGAAGGAAAAUAAGAAAGGCCAAGUAGAGUUGUCACUGUGCCAAGAGAAGACCAAUAAGAAUGAGGAGGGUAGCGAAAGACUGAUAUUGUCUCUGCAUCGUCUGAGAUGCUCGUUACAGACGAUGCACGAGCACGAGGCCUUGAAAGGACAGAUGUAUAUCAAGAUGUCUGUGGUAGACAAUGGAAGAGUGACUCACUUCUGGAAAAGCGAUCGUUUCGCGCCGUGCGUUUCGAUGAAAUUCGCGCCAGAUCUGGCGAGAGUGAUCGCGGAUAAUCCGUAUCAGGGGGCACUGAAAGAUGUUAGCUUCGUUGUUAAAUUCGUCUCAAAAAAUAAAUUAGGGAAGAAAACCACCGUUGGCCAUUUUGCAAUCGGAUCAGAUGUAGGUGGAACCUAUGGGGAACAAUGGAAACAAGCUCUAUCGAAAUCAGGACAACAGAUAACGAAAUGGCAGGCAUUCGAGUGAAAACCAGAAACGCGAACAGAUCAAUAAACUUGGUUUUCCUUCGAGCGUGAACCUACUUUCGAUUCGUGCUAACAUUAUGAAUAUGUAAACGCGUGAUCGAUAGCGUAGUUCCGAAGAAUAUACUUAGACGAACAUCUAUGGAUACGAAACUACAUACUUUCGUAUAUCAGCUAUUCGUGAAAUUUAUUUUCGCUUGAUUUCAUUUUCACUGGAUCUUAUGAUUUUGCCGCGAGGCGACAUACUUGGACAAAAGUAUUUUAUCCAUUUGUUUGUACAUAUCGAUCGUUUUACUCAACCGUCCCCGAUUCCAAGGUAGAAAAAUCGCGAUCGUAACUUUGGUUGAAAGUUUCUGUCAAGGAUCGGAAUGAUGGAACCGUCCAAUAAGUGCCUACCAGUAUAGAAAUAUAUAUUUUGAUAGAAACAAAUGCGACAUUCACAGAAUCUUAAUGAUGAAAGGAAUAAACGAAGGGAUCGACUAAAUUCCGUGCCAGAAAGAAUUGCAAGCAACAAAUUUUUAACUGAUAAGUAAAGUACGACGUAUAAUAUAGUGACGCGUUUUUAUUUUAGAUCUCUGUAUUGAAAUAUUUUUAAGAUGAGCUACAAAAUCAGUGGAAAAGUAUUUUAUAUUAUGAAUUUUUUGAAUUUGUUUGGUAGAACUGAUAGUGACAUAUAUUUAAUUCGCUCAUUGUCUCAAUUGUAAGCAUCAAUGUGGGUAUUAACGUAUUAAUAUAUACCGUAUAUAAUUAUUGUAAUAGAUUAUUUAUAUUGCUGUAAUUAAUUGUAUAUGUAUUUUGUUACGGAAAUUAACUGUAUUUCGAGAAAUAUGUUUAACGCCUAAACAGUCACACCAAAAGAUUUGUAUUAACACACACAUUUGUAUAACAGAGAUAUAUUUUAUAUGUAAUACACCUGUCGUUAUACAUAAAGGAUGAUCUUUAUUUUCUUACACUUAAUGUUUUCCAUAGAUCUUUAUUCAUUCUCCUUUUUUUUUUUUAUCAUACACAUGUACAAACGUAUAAAAGAAUGAUUCAUUAUACAAUCAAUCAUACUUUUCUGUUAUUUAAUAAUUAAUUAUACUUGUAGAAAAUGCAUAUAAAAAUAUAAGAAGCACAAUCGUUUUAUACUAACAUUACGUUUAUGAUUUGAUAAUGGACGGAAUUUACAAUAUUGCUUGUACUGUGCUAAAUAUUAGUGUUAAUUCAAUACAUUUGAUCAAUAUAUUUUUCUUUUGUACUACGCAAGUAAUCUAAAUUAAAGCAUACAUAUGUAUGAUACUAGCAUAUAUAUAUAUAUAUGUUUGUAUUAAAAAUUAUUAAAAAUAUAUUUCUAUAAAAAAUUGCAAUGCUCUAAGAAAAGAUAAAAAUGUAUCUGCAAUAUUCUAAAAUUACUAAAAAAUGUCUUAAAAAUCUUGAUUGUUAUCAUCUUUCUAGUAAGGCACAAAGAGGCACUUUAAAAUGCUUAUAAAAAAAGAAUCGGUCAAUGGUAUAAAAUAGUUUUGUGAAAUAAUCAGUCUAAUUUUCACGUGAAAUAUGCUACUUCCCUGAAGUUCACAUCAUACAAUUGUCAAGAAGAAUUAGUAAGUACAAACGAAUCUUUAUAUCAUAAAAAAAUAUGUUUAAAUAGACGUUGUCUAAUCAGAUCUAUCAAUAGUCUUUGGUUGAGAUUGUUAAGUAUAAACAAGUACGUAUCUUAAGGAAAUUGCUAAACCUAUCAUUGAAGCAAAUAUGCUCCCAUGAUUGUACGAGGCUGUAUUGCAGCCAUCUUUGCUAUUGCAAGUGCAAUAUUCCAUAAAUAUAUUGUACGUCCCUGUUCUCAUAAGGCAAAAUCUCUCAUCCCCCUCAAUUCCUGGUUCUCCCAUAUAAGCACAAGUACGAAAAUAUCUCCAUUCCCCGUUGACUAAGGAUUAAAAUAAAAACUAACUUAUAACAAUCCCUGCAAAUUUGGUUACCAUGCUAUGUGAAAUUUUGAACUUAUUCACACACACCUUUCUGACGAAUUUUACGACACAUGGUAGGCCUUACACCUGGCAAAUGUUCUAAGUCAGGUUCUUGUUUACAGUCAGUUAUCGGUACAGUGGUAUUAUCAAAUGGAUCUGCACAUUUUGGAUCAGAAUCAGACCUGCAAACCCAGCACUUGAUAGAUAAUGUUUACCUUGCUGAAUGCAACAGAGAACGAAUAAUACUGAUAAUAAAAUAGGAAAGCUUGUUUCAUUGGCCAUUCUCUUGGGAAUUGGAGAUCACUUUAUGAGAACUUCAAAACUCGCGUCAAGUCGUAACGAUUAAUUACUCCGACUGCCCACGCCUACAAGUUACGAGUGACUACGCCACUAACCAACUGUUAUCGUAACAGGGCUGACAUAGCAAAUAUUUUGCAAUUGCAAAUAAAAUAUGGAUGAACAUCCAGUAAAAACAAA